AGCCCGCCCGCCCAAGCGCCGGCAGCCGCUGAGUCAGGCUGGGUGAGAGCCGCCGGCCCGUUACCGCGGGCGCCGGGGGCCCGGGCGGCGCUGUGGUUUCGGUGCCGGCCGAGGGCGGGCAGCCUAAUGAGCUCUCGGCACGCACCCCGCGCCAGCGGCCCGCGCCCCCCCGCCCCUGCUCGCCCAGCGCUCCAGCCCCGCGGUGACCCUGGCGCGCCCCCUCCCCAGCGUCCCCCUGCGAGACCCUUGGGGAGGAGGCGCGAGAGACCCUGUUGGCGAUCCCCGCUGGGAUCUGCGAGACGACCCUGGGGAGACGGUACCCCCCUCCGCGGUAGGGAAGAGGGAGCAGGGCCCUGGACCGGCGGCCGCGGGCGGCCUCUAGCGGCGUCGGGGCUCCGCGCGUCUUCACGGCCUGAUCCGCCCUCUCUAGUCUACGCAGGCAGCUGUGUGCCUGACUAUGGGGCCGCUGAGCCGGGAAACCUGGGCCCAGCGCCUCGGGGCUUUCCGGGCCAGCCCGUCCGCCUUCAUGGCGGGUCCCGAGGGCGAGGGUCUGGGUAGCGAUCUGUUGAGUGACCUGAGGAGCGAGAAGUUGAGCGAACAUACCAAGGUUUCCUUGCUGACCCUGACGUUGGAGUUCCCAGCCCAACUAUGGCCCGAUGCUCCUGCAGCUGAAGCGGCUGCCUCCUCCCUGCUGGACACCCUGGUCCUUCUACCCCCACGACCCUCGGCUCUCCGGCGGCCCCUGCUGCUGGCGGCCACCACAGCCCUGGCAGCAGGAGGCGCGCUGGGGCCCACGUCCGGAGCGUCGGGCCGCCUCCUGCCCCUGCUGCUAGGCCUGGCCUCAGGCCGUGAUCUGGGUCGAGGCUUUGGCCCUGCCUCGGAGCAGCACCUCCUGCAGGCCACAGCGUGUGAGUGCCUGCGGGAGCUAGAGAGCUGCAAGCCGGGGCUGCUGGGGGGCUGCCUGGGGCUGCUGCGGGGCCUGCUGAGGCAUGAGGGCCCAGUCCAGCCCCUCAGCCUGCUGCUGGCCCUGGUUCUGCGUAACACCUUGGAGGUACAAGCCAGGGCUGGGGCCAGCCUGCAGGGCCUGCUUGUGGCCAGCAACUCCCCCACUGGGGAUGGUCACAGCCCCUGGGACUGGACGCUAGCUGGAGAAGGUGAUGCCCACCUACAGGCCCAGGCACCCAGCUGGCCAGCAGCUGAGGAGGGGGGACGUGGCCUUGCAGCGCUAGAGCCCAGUCCCGAGGAGACCCGGGAGCUGCGAGCUGUUGUGGCCCAGCUCCUGGACGCUUCCUACCUGCUCACUCCCGUGGCCCAGGCCCAGCUUCUGUGGCUUUUGGGCUGGGCCCUGCGGGGCAGGCGGGGACAGCCACCAGCGCUCUUCAAGCCACAGCUGGUGCGGCUGCUGGGCACGGCACAGUUGGCGCUGCUGCAUGCCGUGCUGGCGCUCAAGGCGGCCUUCGGCGAGGCAAUGUUCACGACCCAGGAUGAGGCCCUGCUGCUCCGCCGGCUCGCCCUGGCUGCCCAGCACCCAGCCCUGCCCCCGCCUGCCCACCUCUUCUACCUGCACUGCCUCCUCAGCUUCCCCGAGAACUGGCCGCUGGGCCCCACGGGUGAGGAGGCUGCCCCGCUGCUGCUCGGGCCCCAGCAGUGCCGUGGCCUCCUGCCCAGCCUCCUGCACGACCCGCUGUCCCUCCUGGCUCGCUUGCAUCUGCUCUGCCUGCUCAGUGCUGAGAACGAAGAGGAGGAGGAAGGCCAGGUUCAGAGCCCCCGGCGCUACCUGGAGGAACUGCUAGGUGGCCUGCGGCAGAUGUCAGCCUUGGAGGGGGGCCCCCGGGCCUUGGCCACCCUCUGUUUCCAGGCCUCCUACCUGGUUGUGCGCUGCCUGGCCGGGCAUCCCACGGUGCUGACACCCCUGACCCACGGGCUGGCCCAGCUGUACCAGGCCCGGCCUGCUCUGGCCCCUCAUUUUGUGGACUUCUUGGAUCGAGUGGGCCCAGAGCUGGGGAAGCCACUGAAGGGGAUGCUACGAGAACAGGUGGUGUCCAGAGAGGGCGGGGAUGGGGCUCUGCGUUGGCACCUGCAGAUGCUGGCAACAGUGGUGGACAGGGAUGCCCAGAGCGCCACCCUCCGCUUCCUGCGGGCAGCAGCUGCCCACUGCACGGACUGGAGCCUCGAGCAGGCUCUGCUGCGGGUCUGCCGGGCCCUGCUGUGGGCAGGGGGUGGGGACGGCCUGGUGGACUUCCUGCAGGAGCUGGCCGGGCAGCUGGAGGACCCUGACGGCCGGGACCAUGCCCGCCUCUACUACAUCCUCCUGGCCCACCUGGCAGGGCCCAAGCUGGGGGUGGCCCUGGGCCCCUCGCUCGCCGCCCCUGCCCUGACCUCUUCACUGGUGGCCGAGAACCAGGACUUUGCCACGGCGCUGACGGUGCAGGCAGCCUUGCCCCCGCUGCGGCUGAGUGUCGGUCCCCGCGGGGCGGAGGGCCCCGGCCCGGUGCUGCAGUUGCAGCUGGAGGCGCAGGAGCCGCUCUACUCUCUGGAGUUGCGCUUCCGUGUGGAGGGGCAGCUCUACGCACCCCUGGGCGCCGUCCACGUGCCCUACCUGUGCCCGGGCCGCCCUCGGCUCCUGCGUCUGCCCCUGCAGCCCCGACGGCCGGCCCCCACGCGGCUGGAUGUCCGCGCCCUGUACACCACGCCCGCCGGCCUCACUUGCCACGCACAGCUGCCACCCCUGCCCGUGGACUUCGCCAAUCUCUUCCUGCCUUUCCCACGGCCCCCCGGGGGGACCGGGCCCGGCUUCUUCGAGGAGCUCUGGGCCUCCUGCCUGCCACAGGGCGCCGAGAGUCGUGUGUGGUGCCCGCUGGGGCCGCAGGGGCUCGAGGCCUUGGUGUCCCGCCACCUGGAGCCCUUCGUGGUGGCGGCCCAGCCCCCCGCCAGCUACUCUGUAGCCAUCCGCCUGCCCCCGGCCUCGAGGCUGCUGCUGCGGCUGGAGGCGGCCCAGGCGGACGGAGUGCCAGUGGCCCUACGCACCGACGACUGGGCCGUGCUGCCCCUGGCGGGGGACUACCUCCGUGGGCUGUCAGCCGCUGUCUGAGCCCCACCCCGGGGCCCUUGUGGGGACCUAAGACAGGCUGCUGAGGCCGGGGCAUACUCCCGUGACUUUUUUUUUUUU